AAAUAAAGUGAGUCUAUACUUUUUGUUCUCCGAUAUAUAUAUUUUUUUAUAUAAUAAAAUUCACUUCUGAAACAUGAGUUUAAAGGUGAGUCGAAAACCAACCGGAAUUGAAUUGAUCAUUGUACCAAUUGAUUUUGAUUUGGUCGAAUUGAGGUAGACGAAAACGACCCCCCCCCCCCCAAAAAAAAAAGAAAAUAUGUCUCGAUUUUACAUGAUACUCUUCAGUCCACAAAAUAGAAUUUCAUUCAAGGUAAACACAGAUUUUAAUAAAAUUGUUAAAAUUAAUGUUAGUAGAAUAAAGAUAUAGUAAUUUAUAGAGAUAGUAUUAAUACAAAAAAUAAAAAUAAAAAUAUAAUAAUAAUUAAAAAAUAGAAUAAAAGUAUAAUUUAUAAUUAAAUAUAAGAGAAAAUAUAUGAUGUGAUGCUUCAAAAAAUUAAAAGAGACUCUUUGUUGUGGACAAAAAAUAACAAGUAUGACUUUUUUUUGUGAACCGAAAGAGUAUAAGCAUCAAAAUUAAUUAAAUAUUUUAUUAAUUAUAUAUAUCUAUAUACAUAUAAUCUAUAAUUGGAUAGAAAUAAAAUCCACAACAUUUUCCCAAAUUCCAGCUCCGCCGCUACCAACUUCUCCUCAUGUCUAUAAUCUAGUGUUGAUUGCCCAUUCUCAAAUUUGUUUGUGUAGUGAUUAUUUUGUACACCAAAUAUUACGAUUUAAUUUUGUGGAGUGCUGCUGUGUUAAUGGGGUUUUAUCUUGCUCUCCCACGCUCCUAAACCCUCAAGCCACAGCAGUUUUCAGAAGAAAAAAAACUAGCAGUUAUGCUGUCAACCAUCUCUCUAUCUCUAUCUUCAAGCGCUGUCAACCUAUCGCUUGGAACAAAGCCUUCAUCAAAAUUCCAGCUUUUUACCGGAUUGGAUGUAGGGAGAAAGAAAGAAAAGAAUUACAGUAAAGAUUUAUGUUUGGUACGGUGUAGUGAAGCAAUUAGUCAGAAAGCUGAGAAAAGACGUGUGAGUAAUUCAAGAAAAGGUGAUAAAGGUGUAAUUUUGAGUGAAGGGAGAGAUGAUGAUCAGAAUUUUGGGCCCAUAUGUCCUGGUUGUGGAGUGUUUAUGCAAGAUAGAGACCCAAAUUUUCCAGGGUAUUUUCAGAAAAGUGAGAAGAUAGUGAAAAGAUCGAUUGAGACUAUAGAGGAUUUAUUGGAUGAGAAUUUUGAUGAGUUUGAAGAUGAUGAGGACUUGAGUGAAUUGGAGGACUUGGAUGACGGUGAUGGUGAUGAUGACAUUAAGGCUGAACUGGAGAAGCUUGAUAAGGAUGGGAGUGAUUGGGAGUCGGAUGAUUGGGAAUCGGAGUUGGAAGAUGAUGAGGAUGAGUAUUUGAAGGAGUUAGAUGGAUUUACUCCAGCUGGUGUAGGGUAUGGCAACACCACGGAGGAGACACUAGAGAAGAGGAAAAGGAAAAAAGUAUCCAAGGCAGAGAGGAAGAGAAUCUCUAGGGAGGCUGAACGAGAGACGGUGGAGGUGACUGUUUGUGCAAGGUGCCACUCACUGAGGAAUUAUGGGCGGGUUAAGAAUCAGGUGGCUGAGAAUUUGAUACCUGAUUUUGAUUUUGAUCGAUUGAUAAGCACGAGAUUGAUGAAGCCCACGGGGAAUGCGGAUGCUACUGUGGUGGUUAUGGUGGUGGAUUGUGUUGAUUUUGAAGGGUCAUUCCCUAAGCGUGCAGCCAAGUCCUUGUUCAAAGCAUUGGCAGAUGGUCAAGAUGGAAAGCAUAGUAAAAAGUUGCCAAAGCUUGUUCUUGUUGCUACCAAGGUAGAUCUUCUUCCUUCCCAGAUUUCACCUGCAAGAUUGGAUAGAUGGGUCCGGCACCGUGCCAAGGAAAAUGGUGCACCUAAGCUAAGUGGGGUGUACAUGGUUAGUUCUAAGAAAGAUUUGGGUGUGAGGAACUUGCUUGCAUUCAUCAAGAAUUUGGCUGGGCCUAGAGGGAAUGUUUGGGUUAUUGGAUCUCAGAAUGCUGGGAAGUCGACAUUGAUCAAUGCAUUUUCCAAGAAAGAAGGGGUGAAGGUCGCAAAGCUGACAGAAGCUCCGAUUCCUGGAACAACACUUGGGAUACUCAGGAUUGGAGGGAUUCUGCCUGCUAAGGCAAAGAUGUACGAUACACCAGGACUCUUGCACCCGUAUUUAAUGUCUAUGAGAUUGAACAGGGACGAGCAAAAAAUGGUCGAGAUGCGGAAAGAGCUUCAGCCCAGAACUUUCAGGAUAAAGGCUGGUCAAACUGUACAUGUCGGUGGCUUAGUCAGACUUGAUCUUGACGAGGCUUCUGUAGAAACUAUCUACGUAACAAUCUGGGCAUCACAUAGCGUGUCCCUUCACCUGGGAAAGACGGAGAAUGCUGAUGAAAUGAAGAAUAAGCAUUUUGGAAUUAGAUUGCAGCCACCUAUUGGUGAAGACCGGGUUUCUGAAUUGGGUGGAUGGGUGAAAAGAGAUGUUAAAGCAUCUGGAACAAGCUGGGAUGUGAACAGUGUCGAUGUUGCAGUGGCAGGAUUGGGUUGGUUCUCGAUAGGCUUGAAAGGCGAAGCACGCUUGAGCCUAUGGACGUAUGAUGGCAUCCAAAUCACUUCGCGGGAGCCGCUGGUGCUUGAUCGGGCAUCAUCUCUUGAGCGGCCUGGGUUUUGGCUGCCUAAGGCUAUAUCCGAGGCCAUCGGGAAACAGAAUAAACUCGAAGCUCAAUCUAAGAGAGCAGAUGAAGAUGAAAGUGCAGAUUUGCUCUCUCAAGUACCUAUCUGAGAAGAAACAUAACAACACGACGUAAAAUUGCUACUUUUAGAGCAGGUGCAGAGCAGUGGAUGCUUCAUCUGGCUUGUGUUUCUGCAAAUGUUCACCCUCUAACGAAAGGAGGCUAUGGUACAUGUAGCCGGCUGGUGGGGCGGGCUAACGGUGCUGUCUACGAGCUAACGAGAUUGUUCAGCGCCUGACGGUGCUUCGGAGAAGUCCAGUUGUGAGGGACCUUUAGUAGGGUUUGGUAUUUUUCUGUAUCUUAGUUCUUGAUGUUGUAUUAUACCUUUCUGGGUACUUGAUUCUUUUUAUCUUGCAUACAUUCUUC